UCAUCAUUAUUGUUAUUAUUCUUUAUCACCUUGCGUCUCUGCUUGUCCUCGUAGUGCUGUAGCCAUUGUAGCCAUGUCGGUCGCGAAUCCACUCGGGACACUGCUCUGGCAGACGAGCAACGCCAUCCAUACCAGCGCCGCGGACGCUCCCCUGCACAGCAUUCUCACUCCAGUGAACAACUGCGACCGCGUCUGUCCAAACGCGAUUGGCAGUGGCCAGUGGUCGCUGUGGGUGCUCGCGGUGCUGUAUUAUUUCAUUGCUGUGGGAAGUGUCUCGUUGAUUGUGAGCCGGUGCCUCGCAGUGCGGUCACUCCAGCUCACUUCGUUCCGGAGUAUCUUUUUGGUGCUUGCGUUCUGCUUUUCCUUCCUGCGAGGCGUGCUCGUCACGUUUAACUUUUCAUGGGUUGUCAUCUCUCUCAUUUUCGUCGGCCAGCUACUGCCCGUGUUUUUCCAGUUUGCCAUGUUUUCGCUCUUGAUUGUGUUCUUGGCCAAGUGCCAGUACAUGAUGCAAGACAACGACUCGAUCAUUCGAAAGUUCCUGUAUCCAAUCUACAUUGGCAUCCUGGUGGUCUUCUUUUUGAUCUCGGUUAUCAUGGCGUUCAUCAUUGCCGAAAACAACGAUCCCGAUGACCACCGUGUGCUCACCCGUGGCUUCGACCGCGACAUUGCCAUCUACUCGAGCAUUGUCUUUGGCACGCUGUUUAUCUUGGUUUGCACGUACGGCUACCGCACCUACAAGCUCGUGUUGAUAUUCUCUCUCUCCAAGAAGAAGGAACGCAAGGUGCGUCGGUUUGCGAUGGUUGCGCUGCUCUACCUGGUCGUCUUGGUGGCUCGCGUGCUUUGGGACGUGACCUACUUGGCUGGGAUUAAUAUCGCUCAGCAGCAGAUGAACGACAUGAUCAUCGACUCGAACAACGACUACUUUAUUUGCAUGCUGGUCUUUUACUUUGUCGUGGACAUUGUCCCGACGGGCGCCAUUCUGCUCGCCUUCUACUGCUGGCUCCCGAACCGACCAGCAGCCGAAAUCACCGUCACCGAAACGCAGCGAUCCAUGUACGGCGCGACCCCGGGCUACAGCACCUUUGGCACCAAUCACGACGAGCCUGGCGAUGAUGAUUGAGUGUAGUGUUAUCUUUUCAUGUCCUUAUUAUUGUUUGUAUGAUGAAUGUAUUUUGUGUGUCGAUUUUGAAAACAACCCAAAGUCCCAACUUUGAUUCUGG